AUGGUGGAGGGCCCGUGCUGCGCGCUGUUCGCGGAGCGGCUGCGGGCGCGAGUGCGCCAGGGUCAGGCGGUGCGCAGCGCGCGGGGCAGCGCUCUGCCGGCUGAGGCUCGCGCUGCGACUGCUGCAAGUGAGGAGAGAACCUCUAGUCAUGAUUUCCUUACUGGACAAGUUUUCAAGGGUGUGGAAACACUGGGAAAGGAAUUUUUUAUGUAUUUUGAUCAAAAAGCUUUGAGGAUUCACUUUGGUAUGAAUGGUUCCAUGCGCAUUAAUCCUGAUGGAAGUAAAGACAGAAAUGGAGCAUUACCAGUUUUGGAGAUACAACUUAUAGAAGAUACUAUUUGUUUCUUUGAGGUGACAGUAGAGUAUAGAAAUGUAGCAGAGUGUGAGCAGAAAGUAAGAAUGAUGGAAAGCUUGGAUGUCUGCUCUCCAAAGUUUAGCUUCUUAAGAGCAGAAAGUGAAGUAAAGCAGCAGAAAACCCAGAUGUUAUGUGAUGUGUUACUGGAUCAAACAGUAUUACCUGGAGUUGGAAAUAUCAUAAAAAACGAAGCACUAUUUGACAGCGGUCUCCAUCCAGCUGCUAAAGUUUGCCAAUUGACAGAUGAGCAUAUACGUCACUUGGUGAAAAUGACACGUGACUUUACCCUGUUUUUUUAUAAGUGCCGCAAAACUGGGUCUCCACUCUACAAACACUACAAAGUAUACAGGCGCCAAACCUGCGGUCAGUGCAAUGAGAAAAUCACUGUGUGUCGUUUAGGAGAGAAUAACAGGAUGACUUACUUCUGCUCUCGAUGUCAAAAGGCUGAUCCCCAGCUUGUCAAUGUUAGCAAACUGCCAACUAGAAAUAGCCUAAUUGGCUGGGCAUGUGGCAGGGGGUCAUGUUCUAAUGAACACAUAGCUCAGAAAUGUGAAGAAGAGUGGACGUGUAUGCCCUGUACCCUAAUAAACAAGCCUUCUGCUGAAGCUUGUGAUGCCUGUUUGACUUCAAGGCCUGAAGUGAGUUCUUCAUUGAAGACAGAGAAUGUUGAAGAUUCCACAGACUUUAACAUAAAUCUCAUUAAAUACCCUUGUAAUGACUUCAGAAAACCAAGCAGAGAAAUAAAGAUCAACAGGAAGGCUGCAUUUGGAACUACCACUCUUGUCUUAACAGAUCUUGGUAAUAAAGCAGAAUUGAAAGGUGAUAUCCAAUUACCAGAUGGAUGCUCUGAGUAUGUUGCUCCAAAAGGCAAUCUCAGCCAGAAUCAAAAUAACGUCUACCACUCAGGAAUAAGCAUAGACAAGUAUUGCUCAACAAAUGUAACUUCUCUGGCUUCAUCUUCUGGUCAGGAGCCUCCCUCUUUCAAGCCCGCAAAGAAGAAGCAGAAAACUCAUCACGUAUCUUCUGUUCACCAAUAUAAUGUAACAAUUGGCAAACCUCAAGUUAAUUCAACAGAUGAUAUUCAUACACUGCACACAGGCCCUCCUCAUUGCAGUAAACACGGUCACCUCUGCAAACUCAGAAUUGUGAGGAAGGAUGGGGAAAACAAGGGCAGGAUGUUUUAUAGCUGUCCUCUACCCACAGAAACUCGGUGCAACUAUUUUCAAUGGGCUGACUUGAAUUUUCCAUUUUGUCACCAUGGCAAGCGAUGCGUUAUGAGGAUGGUGCUGAAGCUUGGUCCCAAUAAUGGAAGGAAUUUCUUUGUGUGCCCAUUAGGAAAGGAAAAACAGUGUGGCUUUUUUCAGUGGGCAGAAAAUAAGCCAAUUACACAGUCUACUCCUUGAUGAUAUCAUUAUCUAAGACAUCCUAAGAAAUAGAUAAGUACAACUCUCAUUGGUCAUUUCUGUUUUGUUGUCACCUGUUUUUCCUGUUCUCUGAUUGAUUAGUCAAAUUGCUCCCAUAACUAAGUAAAAACUACAGAUUACUCUAUCCCAAUUUUAAAAAGUCCUAUAACAUUAAACACUGCUUGUAUACUGCAUACUAACUUGCAAUAUAUUGUGACACACAGUUAUAUUUCCAGUCAAAUAAUUGAAUCGCUUUCUAUUUUUCAUGUAAAUGUCACUGCACUGUCAGCACUGCACAUUUUCAAGCUGAUAUGCAUUAUGGAAUGGAUCUUAAUCUGAAUUUGUACUUCAAAUUGGUAGUCUUAUAAACAGGUAUUUAAUGAAUAAAAUUUACUGGCCUCUUCAA